GUCAUGUCAUUGCGAUUUGCACCGUAUGUCCGUGGGUUGUAUUAUUUUUAUCGUUAUUUUCUCUUGAAGACAUGAUAUAAUUUCAAUUCAAAUGAAAACAUGUCACUCAAAGAGAAUAUUACAGAAUUUGGAUGGCAUUUGAGUCAAGAAGGUAUCGAUACUAUUAGUGAAAACGGUCAAAUUCAAGAUGUAAAUAUCCUUUGUAAAAAGGCGCUAGAUUAUGAUCUUCGCGAUGUUGGCGAUGCUGCUUUUCCUGAGGAUUUUACUAAGGAUCCUACUAAACUAGAAAAACCUAUUGUAGUUCAAAUUCAGAAGAUACGUAAUGUAUCAGCACCUAAAGCCAAUGAGGAGUCAACAUCAGCUCCUCGGAUGUUAAAGUUAACUUUGCAUGACGGGAAAUCGUCAUGUACAGGUUUAGAGACAAGUCCCAUUCCAAGUCUCAGUAUUAACACUCCCCCAGGAACUAAAUUAUUACUUAAGAAUGAAGGUCUAGAGGUGUGUCAUGGGGUUAUUUGGCUUUCACCAAGUGUCAUAUCAGUAUUGGGAGGAAAGGUCUCACAUAUGAUUGAAAAGUGGGAGUUGAAUCGAAGUCUUGCUAAACACACAAGAGGAGGUAUAGGAGCAGAUGGAGGUCCUCCACCAUGGAUUCCUUUUGGACAGCGUUUAGAAGCCCUCACUGUAGACAAGCAAUUUAAGAGUUUGCAGGAGGCUUCUAAACAGGAUAAUGCUGAGUUUGAAGCCCAGAGAAAAGGGGCCAUUGCUGAGGCACAGAGGUUGUCGGGUGUUAAAAAGGUAUUUGGUGGUGGUACAAAACCAUUGUUGGAUGCAAAUGUACAGAAGAUUGUUGAUGCUGGUUUUUCAGAAGAACAGGCAGAGAAUGCUCUCAAAUAUACUAAAAAUAAUGUUGAUAGGGCAUUAAAAAUAUUGCAGAAGAGGGACAACUCUGAAAAUAGAAAUAAAGAGAAACCACAAAAGGAACCAGAUCAACCUAAGAGGAAGGGUAGAAAUAAGGAACCUAAUGAUGAGGACAAUAUUCCUGUGAAACCAUCUGGAAAGGUCUCAUUGUUUGAUUUCUUAGAAGAUAAGCUACCAAAUGUACCAGAAAAGGACAGGAAUAAUCGGCAAUAUAAUCCAAACACAGAAGAAAGGAAUGAUAGGAAUUUCUCAAGUAGAGAAAAAAGCAGUGCCAAAAACAAUUCUCGAGCCCAGGGGUCACGGUAUGAUAGUUCAAACCGUCAUAGAUCUGAAAAUAGAGGGCAUUACUCAAACGAUAGUCAUCACUCAUCGCAUAGAGAGGAUCGAAAAUAUCAGUCCAUAAAUGAGAAACCACCGAGAUUCCAAAAGAAACUAGAAGAGAAAAACAAGCAGCAUCAGCAGCAGCAACAACAACAACAACAGCAACAGCAACAGCAACAAAUGAACAAUAUGAACAUAAAUAUGAAUUUGCCAUACAACAAUUAUCACAACCAAUCUCCUCAUUAUCCAGAUAGAAAUAUGCGUAGUGAUAGAAGUAUCAAUGAGAACAAAGUCCAGCAAUCUCAAAACUACCGCGGCAAUCCUAACAUAGACAGCCUAGUCGAGGCAACUGCCAACCUGAAUAUUUUAUCAAACCAGUCACGGCCGUCUGAGGAAGUCCAGCAGCAAAGAGGCUAUCAGCCUCACCCAGAGCGAGCGUACCAGAAGCAGUCAUAUGUUUCAAGCCCGAACAUGGCCGAGAUACCGCCGUUCAGAAGAAACAAUGACAUGCAAAAGUACCAGGAGCAAACAUAUCAGCGGCGGCAACCACAACCGCAACCGCCCAACGGGUACAUGGAACCACAGCAGAGCCAGAUGUACCCUAGUGUAAACUACAUGGCGGGUGCGCAGGGCGGCUACGGCGGACGGCAGUUCGGGUACGGCGCGCGGCCUCAGGAGUUCGGGCUGCGCGGCGCACCCUUCCUGGCCGGCUCGCUGCUCGGCUUCCAGAACGCCGCCGUCAAUGAGCAGGCGCGCGCCAUGCUGGCCACCGCCGACAUCAGCUGGAAGGUCGGCGAUCGCUGCCUCGCGCUUUACUGGGAGGACAAUAAUUUCUAUGAAGCCGAGAUUACUGGGAUUUCUGCCAACACUGUAGUAGUAAAAUUUUGUGCAUAUGGUAAUCAUGAAGAAAUUUUAAAGUCUAACUGUUUGCCCUUCCCCAACCAAGCGUCGGGCCAUAAUAACGGCGGGUAUAUGUCGCGAGCGGCGCGCCGGCCGUAGUGCCGCGCCGCGGCGUGGCCCGCCGCCGCCGCCGCCGCCGCCGCUGCCGCCGCCGCUGCCGCCGCCGCUGCCGCCGCCGCGCUCGCUUGAUGCGCCGAGCCGCCCGCGUCUUCUAUCUAUAGGCCUAUAUGAGUUUCGACUGUCUACGCAGCACUAGGUCGAAUAUGCGCCGUCUCUCAUUCUCGGAUUUAGGGAAGUACCGUUCGCUAUGCGUUUUAGGUGUAAGAUUUUACGAUUAUUUAGGAGAAUGAAGAAAAUCGAAUUGAAGACGAACAUUUUCUCGAAGUCCGAAUGAAUGAAUAAUGACGCAAAACAAGUAGAGUUGAAAUUUUACUUUUACUAGUUGAGAUUUUGUAAAGGAUUUAAUAGUAUUUAUUGUAUGGAUUUAAUAGUGUUUAAUUAGCUCGUUUGCCCAUCUGUAACUUCAUACUUUCAUAAAUCACUUUAAUCAUCAGUAUUGAUCAUUGGUUAGCAUUAAUCCACUCUUCACUGCACUCACUUGAGUUAUAGAAAUAACCUUAACUUUAGGACUAUUUAAUUUAAGGUUAUUUUCUAUUUAUUUCAAUAUUAUUAAAUUUAAAUGUCUUUAAGAAGUGGCAAAAUGAAAUUUUUAUAAUUAUGUCUUGUUUAUUUUUUAUGUCUGACUGUUUUCAAAGUAUCAGAACUUAUACAGUAUAAUGUCAAUCAUGAUGAAACUUUAGAGAGGAAGCUUAGAAUGAUUUCCGUUUUGAAUUGAUAUAAGCGAACAAGUUUAAUUUCUUAAAGGGCUCUCUAUACAUGAAAUACAAAAAUGUAUUUCUGAAUUUAUCAAGAGAAAUGAUUGAGCAACACUUUCGAGAUUUAUGAAGUUAAAAAUAUUCUCGGAUAAUUUGGUAUGAGAUUUAACUAGUUGCUUAAAAGAUUAAAACAGCUGUAGAAUUCUGUCAACAAUAAUCUCUUCCCUUACGAUUUUGAUUUGUAUAUGAACAACUAUGUGUUUAUAAAACUUAUAUAUUCAAGUUAUUAAAAUUACCAAACUAACGAAGUCCAUUGUCCAGCAGUCAUCACAAAUCUGUAGUGUUAUUUUGCAUAAUAAUUAUAGAGUUGUGUAGCAAAGUGGAUUGGUUAUUGGAUUCAUUAGUCGAGUGUGACUCACAAUAGAACAGAGACGAAAAAACAUGCUCAAAAGAGUUUGUUAGCAGUUUUUCCCAAAAUAGCAAAACUAAAAACUUUGUUGUAACUGUAACACUAUUCAUUAGUCAUUAUUUUUUGGUUCCACUAAUUUAAAAUUUCUUCAGACAUUCAAAGGUUGACUGGAAGAAUUCCCUUGUAUGGGAUAAGUCCGCCAUUGUACUCAUUUUUUUCUUAAGAAAUCUGUAUCCUGUAAGAUUUUACUAUACAAUAAAGUGUUACAAAUAAACAAAUUUUUGAUGUAGUUUUUGCAUGAUGUUAUUAGGUCAGAGAAGAUUCUUAAACAUUUACUGACAGACUACUAGAGGACGCUAUACUAAUUUUAUUUCUCCCAAUGUUUUUUUUUUUUUUUUUAAUAUGUAUUCUUUCGAUAAUUCUCUCUGUCGAAAGUUUAAUAAAAAAAAAGUGGUUUUUGGUUUAUAUGAUUAUGUUUAUUUAACUUAAUUGCAUCCUAUGAUACUAAUAAUAAUAUAGAGUAUAAACUGUGUACUAUUGUUAAUUGGUAGAAUGAGUUGAUUAAUGAAUUACCAGAUAAGCCAAAAUUUCACAUGGGGUCGUUGCAAUGUAACUUUUCAACUCUAUUCAGUCUGUCACCGCACACAUGGCUGUGUAGCUUCCGUUAAUUAAUUUGCGAUUUGUAGAACUAUUAUACCAUAUAUUAUAAAAUUAUUUCAUUACACUUCUUUAUUUAAAUUUACUCACAUAUACAGGCACUUUUAAAAUGCUAAUUGCGUUCUGCAUCUUUAUUUCGCUAAAACGAUGUGAUUGUUGAAUAAUUUUUGACGCAACAGUCGAAAACGCGAAUUAAAUGCAAAGUUAUGUUAAUUUAUGUUUUGUGGUAUACAUUACCGGCACUAACGUCUACUAUAUAGCUCUAUAUGUAAUUCCCUAGUGAAUACGAACCGAAAUAAUUGUCUUUGUUCAUCAUUAUCAUUUGUGGAUUUUUUCAUUUAUACUGUCUUUAUUCACAAACAACGAUUUUCACUUUCAAUGAAGUGUAAUUGCACUUGAACACUAUUCGCUAUUGAAAUUCAAUUAUAAAUUAUGAUCAUUGUGCUAGUUUCUAUACAUUUGCUAAUUUAAAUUAGAAGGAAAGUAGUUGACGUGAAGUAUGAUUUUGCAUUCACUGUGAAAUUAAACGUGCUACUUAUGAAAUAUCACAUUUCUGCUAAUGCGUUCAUUAAGUAAUGAGAAAAAACGACUGCUAAAUUUUUGGUAGUCAUUAGACUGAUAUUACACCAUUAGGUGAAGAAGAGAACUUCGUGCACAUAGGAAUUAAAUUUCGAUAAUUUUUUAUAUUUCUGUACUAAGCGAUAUAUAUAUAUAUAUAUUCCACUGUUUCAUUUUAACGUUAUGCUGGCGACUUUAUACGUUAACUGUACUCGUAUGUAUUUUUAUGCGUUUAUUAUUGAACUAUCAAUAAAUUUAUUUGGUCAACAGGCAGAGUAAAAGAUACUCGCUAGAAUUUGUGUAACAAUAUUGGAUUGUUGUACAACGCUUAAUAAUCCAAUUGAUAAAUAAAAUUUAAUUUAAAACUUAUUGCAUUCUUAGCAUCAAUAGCGGUAUGAAAUUCGACAAGCUCCCGUCUAAUUACUGUUUCUGUUCAAAAUUAUAUUAUAUUUUGAUUUAAAACAAUGAACAAUAUUUACUAAUUUCGGUUCUAAAAUCAAUAAAUUAAAUAAGCCUAAUCUUGCCGUCUCUGUAUAAAAAAAUCAUCGCAUAUGUGUUCAAUUCAACGUAAUAUAGAAUAAGGUUUAUUGUCCAAGUGUGCACUGCCUAAAGUAUAAUUGUAAAAUACGAACUACCUAUGGUUCCACAACAUGACAUCUUGUACAUACAUACGUAAAAUUAAAUGAAAUUACAACUUUAUAAUUUCCGGAAGCUGCACGGCUCAUGUGAUGCGACUAGAUCUAGUUUACGCGUAAGGGCCUGAACGGACGAGGGAUCGUUCACGGAGGACAAAAUUCCUCGUUGUUUUCGCCAGGGUUUAACUUUGGACUUGUGUGUUAUGCAAUACAUAUAUUCUAUUUUGACGGACAAACAGUACACCGAAAUCAGUCCCUCGCCUGCGCAAGCUCUUAUUAAAUGUUAUAAUUAGGAACGUAACAUAAAUAAUGUUGUAACUCUAUGCGUCAGCAUUAAUUUAUUGUCGGUAUGUAUGUAUGUAACCAUCACGAGUAGCGUGUAGCUUGUAUAAGUGUAUUUUGUUAUAAUUUAGCGCAAAACAUGUAAUAUAUUAAAAUAAUUUUCAGUUUGUUAAUGAUAUACUUUCAAAAGUAUUGGUUCACUUCACCAAUGUAUAAAUAUAAUAUUAAUAUAACUACGUGGAGAAAUAAAUGUUUUUAAACUAUCCGUGUUUAUCGAAAUGUUUACAACAAAUCUGAAUGUACUAACUUAUACUUACAUCACUGUAGUAAAUAUACGUAAUUGUUUUGCUGUUUAAAUUUCUAAAUAGCGCUAAAAGAAGGGACUUAUUGUUAUGAGACCUCUCAAUAACAGGAAGAUUUGAUAACAUCUUUUCCCUGUAGCUUAUCCGAUUUAUAUUCCGUUAGCUUAUCCGAUUUAUAUUCCGUUGCGUCAUGUCACAAAAUCGAACAUUAUAAAUGUCGAUUGACUUGAUUCGAUUCUUAUUACGUAUUUUUUUCAGAGCCUUUGGUGGUGCGUAUAUGUUGGUAUGCUUUUUUUUUUACUUAUCGCGCAAAGUUAGUGCAUGUACCAAUAUUUUCAUUGUCCGUUAUAAAACCUUUUUUUUAAAUGUACCAUAUAUACCUGUCUGUUUUAUAGCAUUCCAUACUGAGAACGGUGCGGCAUGGCAUGGUAAAGAAUUAUAUUCUAUAGAUAAUAAUGACAAAAAAAAAAUAAAGAUAUUACCAACGUAACUGAUAAAGAAUCGUGGUUAGAACUUGCAAUUAUGAACUAAGCAGAUUAAGCAAGUUUAUGCUAUGUAUACAAAAGAAAAGUGAUAAAUACACUUAAUUUUUUUUAUAUAAGUGCAUAUAAUAUUUAAAAAAAAAAACAAAUCAGCACAAGUAGUCACACUCAUAAAUACUCGUACAAAAUGUUUGUAUUGAUUGUCCGAGGAUAGAAUUGGCAACCAUCGAAUGGUGCCACCAAGAUUGCCAGUAUGAAGCCUUUAUUAUUUCAAAUUGUUUUUAUUUGCGAUUCAUUAAUAUUUCAUAAUAAAAAAGACGUGUUUUUUAUUAAGAAGUUUUCAGCUGUUGGUUUUUCUUUAAUAAAAAUAAAAUAAAUGAAAUUAAAACAAAAUUGGAGUAAUAAUAAUAACCAUAUAACUAAAGGUGGUAUAUUGCUACACCGAGGCAUUUUAUGGCGUUUAUUUAUAGUGACAUAAACUUAGUACGCAGUACAAGCACGAGUAGUAUAGAGUCGUUGAACGCGUGGUGUAGAAGUAGGUUCAUCAUGGUACAAUCCGUGGGUUGGGUUUUUAAUUAGUAUCCUAUUUUUUGUUACUCAAUGACUUUUAAUCAAUCAAAUUGUUACUAAACGAAUGAACAGAUUUGAAUUUAAUUUGGUACACAAUUGUCCAUAUCCUAGAUAGUUUUUAACCUAAUCUAUGCAGGCAAAGUCACAGGAUACAGUUAGAGUCAGUUAUACAUAUUUCACAUAUCAGUUUGUUUUAAUAAAGGACAGAAUUGUAUUCUACGUUAUCUUGACUAGUUUCACUUGUCGUGUCAUGCCGCCCUACGCCGCUGUUAGUGAACGUCAGCCCUAAGCCAAUCCAAUAUGUGUUCCGAGAUAAUUUUGUUAUUCCUAUGUUUUUGUCUUAUUUAAUUUUGUCUAGCAUGCAGUGGAUAUCCUACUUGAAAUUCGUCAUAAUACAGUAAUGAUAAACAAAGGUGUGACGAGACCUAUUUAGCAUGUUACUUUGUUUAUUACCGGAUGACAGUUAAAAAUUAAUGUUUGUGUCGCGCCCUCGCACGAAUCGUGCAAACGUUAAAAAGUAGAAUAUGGCUGUUAUGUUUUACAAGUUUUGAGGGUUAUUAAUCGUAUUGUUUUGAUUGAUUACGUGUAAUUUUGAGGGUUUUGCUAUGUAAUAUACAAUGAACUCGAAAUAUCUAAAGAUUGCAAAAACAUAUUGAAAAGGUAAAUAUAGAAAAAAUGUAUUUUUAAUUGCAACAGUAGCAGCUGACAAAGUAUUGUAAAAACGAGCUCAAUUCCAGUAUCAUAAGUUAUUUAUAUUUAUACUUUAAACCUAUGUAACAUUAAUCAGCAUUACGUUUAUACUGAUUUUUCUGUUGAGUUAAAAUAACCAUUUAUUAACAAAAAAACUAAUAAAAGAAACCAUAUUA